AUGACUUUGGAGGUGAAUGUUUUUCACAUUUCAAAGCAACCACGUGAUGAUGACGAGUGCCACCAAACAUUUCUAAUUGACACACUUGUCUCGGAAGAGGUUCAGUUGUGUAGCAAUUCUGAUGAUCUUGACGAUUUCCUCUGCAUUUAUGAAUCUAAGAGUUCCGGUCCUUGUGAGUUGGCCAACAAUGUCACCAUUUUCAAAGACUCACAAGGCAGAGGAACCAAGUUUUGGCAACCACACUUUGAAGAGCUACCUAGAGAAAAAGAAAAGCCAAAACCAUCCACCGAAGAGACCCCAAACCUCAAGCUGGCUCAACUGCCUGAGAAUCUAAAACAUGUCUUCCUGGGAGCUGGUGAUACCUUUCCUGUCAUUAUUUCAUCUAAACUUGAUGCAUUUCAAGAGCAGCGGUUAGUUGACAUGCUGCGUGAACACAAAUUGGCAUUAGGUUGGACGAUUGCUGACAUUAAGUGUAUUAGCCCCUUAAUUUGCUCUCAUCACAUCAAUUUGGAAGAAGGGGUUAAUCCACGAAGGGAUCCCCAAAGAAGACUGAACCCGACAAUGAAAGAGGUCGUGAAGAAUGAAGUCUUGAAGCUUUUGGAUGCAGGAAUCAUCUAUCCAAUCGCUGAUAGCAAGUGGGUCAGUCCAACUCAGGUGGUGCCUAAGAAAUCAGGGGUGACAGUGGUGGAAAAUGAGAAAGGGGCUCUUGUUCCCACAAGGACUGUGAUGGGUUGGCGAAUGUCCAUUGACUAUCGAAAGCUGAACACCGCCUCCCGCAAGGAUCACUUCCCACUUCCAUUCGUUGACCAAAUCCUAGAACGUGUGGCUGGUCAUCCUUACUAUUGCUUUCUUGAUGGCUACUCAGGCUAUUAUCAGAUCGAGAUCGCAUUAGAGGAUCAGGAUAAAACUACAUUUACCUGUCCUUUUGGUACUUAUGCUUUUAGGCGUAUGCCAUUUGGGCUGUGUAAUGCACCAGCCACCUUCCAGAGGUGCAUGAUGAGCAUUUUUAGCGACAUGGUCGAGAAGUGUAUGGAAGUGUUCAUGGAUGAUUUGACCGUCUUCGGUGACUCCUUCGACUCGUGCCUUCUCAACUUAGAAGCUGUGCUUAAGAGAUGUGAAGAGAAGAGUCUCGUGCUUAACUGGGAGAAGUGUCAUUUCAUGGUGCCAUCUGGCAUAGUCUUAGGGCAUGUUGUUUCUGAAAGAGGGAUUGAGGUUGAUCAGUCCAAAAUUGAACUUAUCUCAAAGUUGCCCACCCCCAAGACUGUCAAAGACAUUCGGUCUUUUCUGGGGCAUGCUGGUUUUUACAGGAGGUUCAUACAAAACUUUUUAGCAAUUUCUCGUUCGCUUUGUAACCUCCUGGCUAAAGACGCCGCGAUCGAUUGGACACAAAAGUGUGAGGAUUCUUUCCGAACGCUUGUGGCGAACUUGACUUCCGCCCCCAUCAUUCAGUCACCAGAUUGGAGCUUACCAUUGAGAUCAUGUGUCACGAAGAUCAAACAAAUUCUGGAAAAGACGGUAAACCCCGACCGCAAGGAUUGGUCCUUACAUCUUCUUGACGCUCUCUGGGCAUACCGCACUGCCUACAAAUCCCCUCUUGGGAUGUAUCCUUAUAGGCUUAUCUUUGGGAAAGCCUAUCAUUUACCUGUCGAGCUCGAGCAUAAAGCUUAUUGGGCCGUCAAGGCCCUUAACUUUGAUCUCAAUGCUGCAGGUAUUCAAAGAAAGCUCCAAUUGUCUGAGAUUGAGGAGUUAAGGAACGAUGCAUACGACAAUUCCAGGAUCUACAAGGCAAAAAUGAAAGCGGCUCAUGACAAGUAG